AUGAAGGUCGCCAUCGCAUUCCUGGCCUGCGUGGUCCUGGUCACUGCGGCCGGUGUCCAGCAGACGCACAAGGUCAAGAUCGCCGACAAGUCGUUCCUCGAGAAGCAGAAGUUCCUCUUCGAGAUCGUCUACCGCAUGGAGGAGCCGCUGGCCUUCGAGGAGCACAUAAAGACGGGCGAGAAGUUCCACCUGGAGAAGCCGCACUACACGCACUUCGACCUGUACAUGGAGAAGUUCCUCGAGGCCCACAAGGCGCACGCCCUGCUGCCGAAAGGAGAGUUCUUCGGCGCCCUGGUGAAGCCGCAUGCCAAGCAGGCUCGCGGCCUCUUCAACUUCUUCUACUACGCCAAGGACUGGGAGACCUUCAGGGCCGACGUGGCCUGGGCCCGCAUGCACGUCAACGAGGGCAUGUUCGUCUACGCCCUGACCCUGGCCGUCAUCCAUCGCCAGGACUGCCACGGUCUGAUCCUGCCCGCCAUCCACGAGAUCUUCCCCCAGUUCUUCCUGCACAGCAAGUUCGUGCUGGAGGCCGAGAAGUUCGACUACGAGAUGUGGAUGAAGAUGAGCCUGUACGAGAAGGAGUACCUGGAUAUCUACCACAAGACGUCGUCGCUGGGAUACGGAAACAUGUACCAGUCCAGCGACUACAUGUACAUCAAGGACUUCAAGACCUGGCAGUGGUGGAAGCUGAUGGGCCUGGGCACCGAGCACUGGUACAGCGAGGACAAGUACAUGCUGCGCGAGAACAUCCACGAGUUCAACCAGGAGGCCCAGUGGCUCCAGAUGAUGGCCGAGGUGAAGAAGUUCUACAUGCCGGUGGACUACUCCCGGGAUUUGCACCUCUACAACGAGGAGUCGCAGCUGUCCUACUUCACCGAGGAUCUGGGCUGGAACUCGUACUGGUACUACCUGAACAUGGACUACUCCUUCUUCCUGGACGGCAAGACCUUCGAUCUGCACAACGAUCGUCGUGGCGAAUGGUGGCUGUACAAUGUCCACCAGCUGCUCAGCCGCUACCACAUGGAGCGUCUGUCCCACGGCCUGGGCGAGAUCCCCGCCUUCUCCUGGCUCCACCAGAUCGAGAUGGGCUACGACCCGCAGAUGAUCUACUACAACGGCGUCGGCUUCAGCCAGCGCAAGAACUACUUCGAGAUGGAGACGUACGGCAACUUCGAGAUGCUGGACAAGAUCACCGGCUUCCUGGGUCGCGUUCACAGCCUCGUCGAGACGGGCUACUACCUCACGGCCGACGGCCACAAGGUCGAUCUCCGCCAGCCGGAGGCCAUCGAGUUCGUGGGCAACAUGAUGCAGGGCAAUAUCGACACCAUGGACAACAUGUUCUUCCAGUUCUGGUCUAUGCUAUCGCACAUGUACUUCGCCGACGCGGACCUCCACCAGAUGGAGGUGCUGCCCCAUGUGAUGCUCAACUUCGAGACCAUGAUGCGCGAUCCCCUGUUCUACAUGUUCUACAAGACCAUCGCCCAGGUGUACUUCCAGUUCAUGCACCACCUGCCCAGGUACACCAAGGAGCAGCUCCUGAUGCCCGGCGUCACCCUGAAGCAUGUGGAGGUCAGCGAGCUGAGCACCUACUUCGAUCUGGUGGACUUUGAUGUGACCACCCUGAUGAACGGCAAGAUGAUCUUCCACGAGGGUCAGUUCGUGUGGGACAAGUCGCUGUUUGCCCGCCAGAUGAGGCUGAACCACAAGCCCUUCAGCUACACCUACAGCAUUGAGGCGGCCAAGGCCGAGAAGGUGGUGAUCCGCGCCUUCCUGGGACCCAAGUUCGAUGAGUUCGGCCGGACGAUCUCGCUGGCGGACAACCGGAUGAACUUCAUGGAGAUCGAUGAGUUCCGCUACGAUCUCCAGGCCGGCAGCAACGUGAUCACCAGGAGGUCCAGCGAGUUCUACUGGACGGUCAAGGAUCGCACCACCUACACGGAGCUCUACUACUACACGAUGAUGGCCUUCGACGGCAAGUACGACUUCCCGCUGGAGAUCAGCGAGCCCCACUGCGGCUUCCCCGAUCGCCUGGUCCUGCCCAUGGGCUGGCAGCGGGGCAUGCCCAUGCAGAUGUUCUUCAUGGUCAUCCCGUACAUGGCGCCCGAGCAGGAACAGUUCUCCACCUUCGACUAUAGCUACUCGUGCGGAAUCGGAUCGGGAGCCCGCUUCGUGGACUCCAUGCCCUUCGGCUAUCCCUUCGAUCGCGAGGUCGACGAGUACGAGUUCUUCGUGCCGAACAUGUACUUCAAGGACGUGACCAUCUACCACGAAGACACCAUGGAGAAGUACCACCAGUACAAGAGCUACUCCAACUACGGCCACUUCGACUACUCCUUCUUCAACGACUACUACACCAAGUACUUCAAGAUGUAG